CUCGCCGCUGGACCACCGAAAACAAUAUUCCUGACUAUCAACUUGCAUCAAAGAUUAAAACAAAACUCUAAAACCCUACAAGAUUCAUUCAUUUUGGUAAACCUGAAUCCAGCAAAUCGAGCAACAGAAAGUCGGCGAUGGGAAGAUCGGCUCUGAUUCACCUGAUUCGCUCCCAAACUCGGCGUCUCUCUUCCUCCACCUUCAAUAAUACAGGAUAUGGUCGGUCCAUAGCAGGGACAUGGUCACCAUCAUCAGUGAUACCUAAGGUCAGAUUCCCUGAGGUUUCUUCCUUUAACCAGAGAAGCUGGGCAUCAUCUGGAGCAAAGACUAAUGAUGAUGAUGAGCACAAGAUCAGCAUCGGACCACAAGAGAAGAAAGAAGACAACGGUGGAGGCGGUGUGGUUUACUACGGCCCAAUCUCAUCAACCAUAAAGAAAGUGAAACUCCUCUCGCUCUCCACCUGCUGCCUCUCUGUCUCCCUCGGCCCAGUCAUCACGUUCAUGACCUCGCCGGGGCUCAACGUGAUCAUGAAAGGCGCGGUCGCCUCCACUGUGAUCUUCCUCAGCGCUUCCACAACCGCUGCGCUACACUGGUUCGUUAGCCCUUAUGUUCACAAGCUGAGGUGGCAGCCUGGUUCAGACACGUUUGAGGUCGAGAUGAUGACUUGGCUUGCGACGUUUGCGCCGAAGACGCUCAAGUUUUCGGACAUACGUUAUCCAGACACGCAGAGGCCGUUUGUGAGCUUCAAGGCGGAAGGGAAUUACUACUUUGUGGAUGCGGAGCAUUGCCCUAACAAGGCGUUGUUGGCGAGGCUCACUCCUCCAAAGGAUGCACAUGACUCUGCUUUCAAGAACUUGUGAUGAUCCAGAUUCCAUUUUCCUUUUCUUGAUAUCAUACUCUCUUUUUGUGUGGAUUUUUUGUUGGGUUUGCAACUCUUUUAGUUCUGUGGACUAUGAAUAAAGUGUAAGUUAUUUUA